AUGAUUCUCGACCCCGUUGCUGCCGAGAGAUGGCACAUUACUCGAGUCCUCCCCCGCGAAGCCAAGGAAACUUGUCGCAAUGACAUGCAAUCAAAUACCUGCGAGAAACCCGGUCUGUCAACAGGCGAAAUACUUGUCGUUCUUCUCAUAGCAAGUCUCGUCGCUGUAGGCGGUAUCAUAGCACUUCUAUGUGUCUUCCACCGUCGCAAACAACGUCUCGAUAAACUCGAAGACAUCAAAGGCGUGCAAGAACUCGACGACUAUGGCCUCGGCCCUAUCAAACCAAGAUUGCCUACUGCACCACCGCCGACGUACCAGGAGGGAAAACAUGCGCCUGCGCCUACGACUACUGAUGGAAAUUGGCAACGGACGAAUCGAAACUCGACAGACUCACUAACACCGUCGCUACGCCAAGCCAUGGGCGUGACGCCGCGCGAUACGCUGGCCAAUAGUUAG